ACGAAAUGCUUGAAUAUUGAACACUGUAUCUCUUCUGAUACCUAAACAUCCACUUAUUGAACUCACAUUCAACGGGUCAAGUGGGUCUCAUAUACUUCAAAAUUAUCAUAUCCGCUGCGGACACCUCACAAACAUAAUAAACGCUCCGUCAAAACCACCAUCAUGCCGAACCCAUUCAAGAGGCGACCUUCGGCUGCUUCAAGUCCAUCUAAUAAGGGCGCAGGAUUGAUUGGAAAGAACGCCAAAGCAGGAUCAAUUCCGCAUGGCAUACGCAUCGCUGCAAAUUCUAGAGCGGACGCUUCAUCUGAAGGUAAUCAACAACCACAAUCCAGCCAACAGAGGUUAGAUCCUACCAACCUUUUACCACCAGAAUCGGAUUAUCGAACGUCUUUGAUCAUGCCACAUCUAACAAAACGAUUUACGCUUUUACGAGCUCCUGAUGGUACCAUGGUCACACCAGAGGCAAUGCGUGCGCAUUUGCGAGCUCAACGUGCAAGAGCAAGAGCAACAGGUGUACCGGGCACACAAUGUUUCUUGACGGAAGAAGAGGAAGAUGAAAUAAUCGAUCAAUUGAGAAGGCAAACACGAAUGGAAGAGAUGGAAGAGUGGGAGGCAUCCGUAAAGCAGCAACAGCGACAGCAACAACAGCAGCAGCAAGUUGAUCAGAUGCAGUUUGGGGGAACAGACGGAUUUGGCUCUUGGUCCACUCCCUAUCAGGGUCAUCAACGAAGUGACAGUAAGAUCGAUGAGAGUAUCACCGAAUCAUUCAGCAAUCUUCGAGACAGUACGUCAAAUAGUGCUAGAUCGGAUGAACAGCAUGUCGCAACUGGACGCCUUUUCAGUUCAUCAAGCUCAAAUCGUGACUUUGCAUACAUGAAAGAGGUUGAGAAAUCUAGAGCUGCUAAACGAGGCGGAGACGAAUCUUCGUUCGAUCAAGAAUCUAACAGAGAAGAAAGUGAUCAGAGAUUUAUUCCUGUUCUUCAAGGUAUCCAAGAUGAAGAAAGUGAUGCGGAAAAGACAAGUAGAGGAGAAAGUCUAACACCAAUUGGAGCUCAUCGAAUUGAAAUUGAAUCUGAAUCAUACGAUGAUACACCAGAAGAAGAUGCAAUGCCUGGGGAUUUUCUUGUUGCAAGCCACCGAGAAAGCAGAAGAUUAUCUGCUCCGCGUCUAGAUGACAACGUGGACACUGUGCGAGAGAAUGACAAUUCCUUCUUGACGCCAAAUGCUGCUGCUCGACCACGACAUCGCAAUUCAGAAUUACUUACCACUUUGACCCCAGAGGCUUUCAAUAGAGUGAGCAUGGCAUUGGAAGAGGUAUACGAAAUGGUAUCGGGUCGCGUGGAGGAUAGUGAAGGAGAAGGUGGGGAAGAUGACUUGGAGGAUGAACGUUCCGGUGCUACCUUACUUGCAUAUGAUAGCGAGUCUGGACCUUCAUACGAAGACGAUCAGUUGUCAGAAGAAAGAGAGUCACUUGAAGAUACGCGCCAAGCCAAAAGGCCUUCUUUUGAGAGUGAAACGAACUCAUUCACUUCAGCUCGAUCUGAGGUGGCUGCGUCUGCAUUUGAAGGACAUGGAACGUCAAGUAGAGCAGAGGCCUUAAGCGGGAUCGGUAAUGCAGCUGCUGCAUUUGUAAACAUCUCGCCCGACGAUCGAGCUACCAGCCCUUCAGCACCUGCAGGAUGGUCUGUUAGUCAACCGUCAGGCUUGAACCAGCGCACACCACUUGCCGAUUCGCGGCGUGGUCAGCCUACAAGACAUGUGGCAGGUAAAAGCAGUAUGGGAUCCUCAAGCGCUGCAAGUGUUGUCAGUCUACAGAGCAAUCGACAAGAUUCUCCCUCCUUACGUAGGCCUUUGCAUACGCCACCUUUUGAUGCUGUUCCAUCGUCUGCAAAAUCGUACAAUGGUUCAAGUUCCAGCCCGCUCACGAGUACACUUCCUCCUUCAAGUGGCACAGAGAGCGCGAUGAUAAGCCCUCUAGCAGCAGGCUUUCACUUAGCGGGUGGCUCAACCGGGCAAACGGAAGCAGAGACAAAGGCUGCAUCCGCUGCGGCCGCAGCAGCAGCAACGGCAGCAGGUGUGGCAGCUUCCAAUUUUGUCGCACAAGCACAACAGCAACAAAGAGAGAUUUCUUCUAAUAGAGCUUCUGGUCAGAUGAUUACGUCCGAUAGCUCGGCAACAAUUGUGCCGACAAGCGAGAUCACAGUCGCAUAUCCUCAGUCGGAACCUGUGGAGAGUGAAGUGCUUGCUGAACAACAGCAGGACGAGCAACCUGUUGAACGACUUUCACAACCCAGCGGUCCAACAGAUUUGGUCAGUGUUCCCGUCAUUCAAUCGCCUUCUCGUCCGUCAGCAGCAGAGAAUCAGGUUCUGUCCGCAAAUGCAAUCGCUGCACGCUCACCAAAAUACUUCCCUACCGCAACGAAUCGAUCGAUGCAGUCUUAUGCAACAGGGUUCAGAACUGCCGCACCACCCACGGCAGACAGUGUACAAAGUUCAACGAAUCGAUCAGAAGAGACUGACAGAUCACAAUUUACAUCUGCCAACGUCAAUCAAACUUCAGGAAGCUCAUCAGAUGCUUCAAAUCAUGGUCAAGCCGGUAAAGGCCAGACAGGUAUUCUCGAAAUGCCCCCAGUAUCUUCAGCCAAAGGCCCGAUUGGAGCCGAUUCCGACCUUUCUGCAUCGCAUUCCCAAUCGGCUAAAAGUCAAACAUUCCCCAUUAAGAGCGGCAUCUCUAUGCAAAUUUCAGAGGACGACCCCUCGAGGGACGAACGAUUCGAAGAACAAGAUGACAUAGAAGAUGAUGUGUGGGCACGCGUGGCAAGGAAUACAUCAUCUACCUUGGAUCCUAGUUCCGUCACCCAUUCCAAUAAUACGUCGGACUCCAAGAUGAUCGGUAAUGCGACCCGAUCUUCUGACGCUCAUCCCACUUCCCUCUCACCAAAUUCGGCAGGUAUAGUCAGUUCACAUGAUGCAUUGACUGAGAAAUCCGGGUUGAGUAUGGACGAAUUGCACAAGAUCCAAAAUGACUUGGUCAGAUCAGCUAAUGCAAAGCAGAAUGCAGAGUUCAACACCCAAGAAUCUGCUGCAAAACUUGAAAAAGCUAGAGAGAAGGCCAGGAUGAUUUCAGCAGAUCGCUCGAGGAAUUCCAGUGGUACAAAUUCGGACUCGCGCAAUACUUCAUUGGAUACUAGCAGAAGAGAACUUGAGAACAUCACAAAAUCCGCAGAAAACAAAGUACGUACUGAUGAAGUACCCGUAAAUCGAUCAAGCGAGCCUGGACAAAAGUCUUCGCUGCCCUUCAAAUCGUCAGACCCCAGGACUUCUAGCAAUCUGCAACGAGAGACAUCAUCUCGUUCAUUCCGUUCGCAGGUCAUGUAUGAUGUUACUUCGAGCCAUAGGCCAACCUCACCGCCUCCAAGAACUCACAAAACAUCUUUGUCAAAUCUGCCAACACUGCAAGAUCUAUCUAUGGGUGUAGCACCAGUGCGUACUACAGCCGGAGCAGCCGAUCGCAAUUCUACAUCUCUGAUUUCGAUGUUGGAAACUUCAGCUAGGGUGCAUGAUCAAUUAUCAGCUAGUGAUGGUCAACCUGGCAAUAGUGGAAUUUCAGGCGCAAUUGCUGAAGAAGAAGGUGGUGGAACAGAGGAGUUUGAAGAUGUAACGGUAGAAGAUGGCUUUGGAGGAUUCACUUCCGAAAGACGCAAACGAUUACCCAGAAGUCAAUCGCAUGAUGUUCUUUCCUCGAGCCGUUUGCAAGACACUGAAGAUGCGCAAGAUGAGACAGAUAAACCUUCCGAGUUCUCUCCAAAGAGUUUCCGCUCUGAACCUGGUGCAGAUCGAGAAGGUGAAGGAGAUGAUGCUGGUGACACGAGCUGGUCAAGAUUGCCUGGAGAAGGACCUUUUGUUAGUUCGAAUUUGAUUGACGAUGUAGCUGCCCAAGCUCGUGCUGCAACGCAAGCACUGAAAGGUCAAAAUGGCCAACGACCAAAGAUGCGCUCGAAAUCGUUGGGUAAAGUGCGUAAGAAUUUAUCGAAAGCCAUUUCGCAGCCUCAGCUUGUUUCUACCACGCAAAGGAUGGAACAUACUCAAGGCUUGACCCACGUCGACGAUACUCUUCGCAAGAAAGAUUCAAACAAGAGGCCGCCUUUCCCUCAAGAGAUGCGUUCUUCAAGCUUGACGCCGGCUUCUUCGCCCGUUGUGAAAAGCACUACACCCACACUCCAGCAGCAACAAGCGACACGAAAGGUAUCACCAAAUCAACCAUCAACACAGAAGGGUAACACAGCAUCUGCAGAUCGUGUAUUACAAGCACAAUCCCCCCGUUCGCCUUCGGAUAUGAGGAGAUUACGUUCUGGCUCUGCCAAUACUGUUCAGUCGAGAUCCAUCUCGCCAACAGACUAUAAAACGAGUUCACCGACUGACUAUAAGGCACAAACUCUUUCCGCUCGCAAGAACUCAUCGGCUAGCGGACACUUGAGAAGAUCAAGCUCUUUCGGGCAUCGUGGUCAAUUAGACGGAAGCAUUUCACCUUCUGCGCAAAUCUCCCCUGCAAGAUCUGCAUCGAUCAAUGCACACAGCACAAAUUCUCCCUCUGCAAAUUCACCAUACGGAGAAAAGGGGCAGACUGGUUUGAGUCGCUUAUUGACCCGAUUCCGCGGAAGAAAAGCAAGCGAAUUGCCUGCCGUUAUUGAACCGUAUCCUUCUGAUGGUCAAUCACCUACUGCUGCAAGAUCGUCACCAGCUUUGAGCAAUAUGACAACGCCAAAUGCAACUUCUUCUCCCGUUUUCCUCACUCCAAAAGAAAGUCCAAGUCAAGCGCAAGUAAGUCCCGAUAAGGCGGAAACGUUUGCGGGUCGCUUAGCAAUGCCCAGUCAGCUAGGAUAUUCUUCACUUGCUGACAUGUUUUCGCCAACAACGGAUGGGCAGAUUCCUCCCCGUAGUACCAGUCAAAAUGGAAAAACCUUGGCAUCUCAAGAGAGUCCACUCACAGGUCCACGUUCUCCAACUGGUCAAACACCAGCCCUGGCACCCGCAGCUCCUAUUCAUGCUCGCCUUGCCCGGGGUGCUUCAACUGUUGAUGGAGCGCAGAAACCUCCUCUUCCAGCCGUUGAAUCAUUGAAUAUGUCAAAAAGAAAGUCGGCCAGAGAAACGAUCAUACGCAGAACAAUCAUCGUUUCCACCUAUGAUCCAGGUGUUGAAGAUCGCAGAAAGUCUGUUUCCGCAUCGCGAAAGGGAUCCGUACGAAAAUCCGCGGUCACCCAACCGCCACAGCAGAAUAGCACACACUCUACUCCAUCGCAUCACCAUCGAAGGACAAGUUCGACAACCAGUAGUAAAGCCAGAAGAUCAAUUCAAGAUCGACCACCAACACCACCAGGUCCUGAUGGUGUAAGUGGAACACAUAGAAGGAAGUUGUCACAAGAGGUGAAAACCAAACCUUUACCGCCAACAGCCAAGAAUGUGUAUGAAGCUCCAACGCAAGCCCCAAUCAUGACCCCUUCUGCUUCAUUAGGUAUACCGCAAUCUGGUUCCCGUUCCAACGCCGGAUCAGCAUCACGAGCAAGCAAUGUAAGCGGGUAUGGAGCAAGCUUGUACGAUCUAUAUGAUCGUGAUGAUGAUGAUGAUGCUAGUCUGACUACGGGUAACGCACAAAACAGAUCAAGCGCGUUGGUACCACCCAACGACCCUUCUCACCGUUCUUCAAAUAUGAUCAGACAAAUGUCUGAUGGUACAAACACUGGAGCGCGACACAUUGAAGUGACUGAACGUGCGGAUGGUAGCGUGAUUUGGCAGGUGAUUGCCGGCUUGGCAGAUCGAUCGAGUGUUUAUACAUCAUCUAUUGGAUACGGUGGUGGACAUAGUAGGCAAAAUAGCGAUACAAGUCAAUAUUCUUUCAUGCGCAGCCCGCCACAAAAUGGUUCUUUUGGUAUGUCAUCUCCUAUGGGAAAGCCAAAUGCAUUGGCAGAUGAAGAUGGUAGAAGUCUUUUCGCUCGUACUCCAACAAAGAAGACCUUUUCGAUUGACGGGGAUGGGUAUGUUCCGCCUUUGCCAAAUAUGAAUGAGCUCAAUCAAUCCGUAGACACAGCCACUGCUUCACAGCAAGCACAACAAUUAGACUUUGAGAUGGCAACAACUACGGCUGGUCAAGCUGCAACUCGAAUCGUCUAUACUUCUGAUGCAGAAUUGGCCGCUCUACUUGAAUCUUUGGCAGGUCCAGAUAAGAGCAGCGCAAAGUUUGCAUUCCAACGAGUUUACGAAGAAGAGAAUGAAGGGAAAGAUGGAGGUGUAAAUGGCAUUGGAAGCCAGGAUACCGCUCUUGCGUCUAUUCCAUCUACUUCAUCACAAAAAAACGCUCGAUCUUCGGCUCAGGAUGGAAGUUUGAACAGUGUCAGCGGUGUAACAUCCCCUAGACAAAGUCAAAAAACCGGUAGACCAGUCAGUAUUUGGACUGAAAGUGAAUUAAACAACGAUCCAACCGGUGCCUUGCGUUCACAAAGAUUCAAGAUCGAAGCUGAGAUCUACAGCCUUUUACAGCGCGAAACAGCCAUGGCAGCAUCUCCGCCUCCGAAUGAUAUUCAAAUGUCUCCAGCAGAAAACGUCAAGAGUAGAAUUGGACAAUCACAACGUUAGCAGGCUGCAUUCAAUCCACAAUUUAUGUAUUUAUUACCUUCUUUUU